AAAAAUUCUUAGAUGAAGCAAAACCCGAAGAAAAUCAAAAGUGGUGAAAGACAAGUUAGUCCUUACAUUGACGACACGCGCUAACAUCUGAACAUCAUUCUCUUUAUUUUUUUCCUUUCUUUUCCGUAUCUGAACAUCACUCUGAAAAUUCCUUACUAUUUGCUUCUCCUCUUGAGGGUUUUGGUAUCUCUCGCUGAUCUUCUCUUAAUUGGGUAUAUGGGCGGAAUGAGACUGCUGCCGGAGGAAUCCGACGUGGCGAUGGUGCGAACACCGGCGGCAGCAACCGACUUGAUUUCCGAUGACGACCGGUCAGUUGCGGCGGACUCGUGGUCGAUAAAGAGCGAAUACGGAAGUACGCUUGACGAUGAACAACGUCAUGCUGAUGCCACUGAAGCUCUUGCCGCUGUCAAUUAUCGUGCCGCCUCUGAUUACAGUUCUGACAAGGAGGAGCAAGAUGCUGAAGGAGUUUCUUCAAUGCUUGGUUUCCAGAGCUACUGGGAUUCUGCAUAUGCUGAUGAAUUGGCAAAUUUUCGUGAGCAUG